GUCAGUAGCCUCAAGUUCCUAUGGUUUAUUUUUGCGGACGGGACCUAAAAAUUACCUUAAACAACCAAGCAUGUUUUUGUUUAACAAGACAAAUACGAACAAAAUAGUUGAGUCAAUUCUUACAACUUAAAAACGUGGUAAGGAGUUUCAAAUGUGACUCCCGUGGAGUCAAGUAACACGUGUACUUCUUAGUUACAAAGUUUAAUAAUUUAGCCAUAUUAUAACCGAGGUGAAUGCUGAAUACUACUUUACCGAGGGGCUGUUAUCUACGUUGUGAGGAUGAAGUGCUUCACUGUAAAAUAACUUUACAAGCAGACGCCUGCGCAAGUUGAGAGGAUGGCUUAUCACCACUUUAUACCGGCCAGUCCCUCAGACUUCACAACCGGUCCCAUGCUUGGACAGCAGUCUCGUUUCUUUCCAGUUGAGUACGGGAAACAGCAGUUCGGGAACGUGAUUCAUAAUUCCAUUCGUUUGUCACUUAAAGAAGCCGCGUCUUCUGCGCACCUGCCUGUGGAGACGAGAGACCCCGACCUGGCACCUGAGGAUGACCCCGUGGUGCAGCUGGAAGACAAGGACCUGUGGGGGCAGUUUCACAAAAGCGGCACGGAGAUGGUCAUAACAAAGUCUGGAAGGCGAAUGUUUCCUUCAUUUAAAGUGCGUUGCACCGGCUUUGACAGGAAGGCGAGGUACAUCCUGCUAAUGGAUAUAGUUGCGGCUGACGACUACAGAUACAAGUUUCAUAACUCCCGAUGGAUGGUGGCUGGAAAGGCCGACCCAGAAAUGCCAAAACGAAUGUACAUCCAUCCAGACAGCCCUGCUACUGGGGAGCAGUGGAUGUCCAAAUCUGUGACCUUUCAUAAACUGAAACUGACGAACAACAUAUCCGACAAACAUGGAUUUACCAUUUUAAACUCCAUGCACAAAUAUCAGCCGAGGUUUCAUAUAGUUCGAGCAAACGACAUCCUUAAACUUCCUUACAGUACUUUUAAAACUUACGUGUUUCCCGAGACAGAAUUCAUCGCUGUGACCGCAUACCAAAACGAGAAGAUAACUCAGCUGAAAAUCGAUAAUAAUCCGUUUGCAAAGGGAUUCCGUGAUACUGGAAAUGGAAGACGUGAAAAAAGGAAGCAGACGUUGCAUCAAAGGUGUGAAGAAGUGGAAGCGAAAAAAGCCAAUGUGUCCACAAACUACAUAAAUUCAUCUGAUUAUUUAAUUCAAGAAGCAAAUGUUGUAACAUCAACCUCAACAGAUAUGAAUGAGAGUGACAUUACUGGAUACGGGGAUGAGAAAGAUAUAAAUGAAGAUACAAAAUCAAUUUCCCAAGAUGACCAAAAUUCCAGAGAAAUCUCUACAACAGUGCAAGAUCCAAAGGAUGAAUCAAAGGAGGAGGAGAUGCAAAAUUUAAAAAACACAGAGGUCAACAGCAAUGAGAAACAUGGCGAGGUGGGUGCAGAACUCUUGGAUAAAAGAAAGGCAGAACAGCACAAUUUUCCGGUGGAUGUGACUGAUGCUUCUCAGAAGGGUCCGAUUGCUCGGCCCCAUUACGUGCCCACACCUGGCCUACUUCAUUCUCUGCGUGUUCCACCACAUUUUUUGUCAAAUGUAUGCCGGUUUAAUUAUUAUGGGACUGUACCACUUUUGGCAUCUGAAGCAACUGGUCCGUGGUUACCAAGAAGGUUAAAUGAAGAGGAGGGUCAAGGUUACAUAUCUGCUGCUUCAUCCUCGCAACAAGGAUUUAUUGGUAGGCCAGAUUUACCACCUGGCUUUCAGCAACACAGGACAACCUCUCAGGGUGUGCUUGUCUCAGCACAUGGGAGUAUUUUAUCUUAUCCACAAAAUUACAUUACACCUGCUGGCACCUCCUCUGUGGUAUCCUACCAAGUUCACCAUCCCCAUUUUCUCAAUGUGAGCUACGGACCCCGAUGCAGACCUUCCCCUCUGCCAGUCUGGAUGCAUGGCCGAAAACAGUCACAAACUUCAGUAUUAAUAUCAGAUUGUAAAACUGGACACGUCGGUGUUACAACUUCAGGAUCAGUGGUUAGAUCAAAACUCGAUAAUGAUCAAAACACAUGUCAGGAUCUCUAGAGAUGUGUAUUGCAAUAGCAACAUAUACUCUUAUGUAAAAAAUUAAGCUGUGAUGAUAUGAAUUAUAAGUAUAUGGUAUGAAUAAGAGGAAGGUCUGAAUUAA